CUCGUUUCUGAGGAGCAUCGGGCUUCCACCGCGGGGGAAGGGGAGGGAACGGGCGGUGCUCACGCGGCAUUUGCGCGCUUCUUCCUCUUCUGGAUUCUUCCGCCUCUCCUUCUAUGUCCUCCCUCUUCGGCAAUCGUCGCCGGCCGGAGGAAACGCCGCCUCCUCCCCCGUCUCCGCACGCCGCACCGCCUGGAAAUGCUGGCGGUGGAUGGCUCGCUAAUAUCGUCUAUGGAGCGGGGAAACUCGUCUCUUCUGUCUUCGGCUCCGAUUCCGCCUCAUCCUCCUCUUAUUGCUGCUCCUUGGAAGAGGAGACCGAUGGGAAUUCGAAUGAAGAUGAAAAUGUUUCCCCGGAUCUACAACAAAGUGAACAACUAAAUGAAAAACUAAAAACAUCAUAUUUAGUCAAUGACUCGAUGGAGGGUUCCAUUGUUAUUCUCAAAGAAGUUGGGAGCAAAGCUGCUAUAGAGCAACUGCUACUGCAGGAAACGUUUACUAGGGAUGAGUGCAACAAAUUAAUAAAGACAAUCGAAUCACGAGUUGUGGAUGAUCAUUCUGCAGAAGUUGAUCCGCAUCGUUUACCAAAAGACAUGUCUGACAUGGUUGUUAGCAAGGAUAUUGCUUACCCACAAUCUUAUCAGCUAUCGCAUCCUGCUGGAGAUCUGCCAAAGAGUACAUAUUCUGUUCUGAAAUCCCUUUCUCCUACAUCUUGCACUUGCCAGGCAGAUGACAUAUUCCCAGAUUCAGCCAUAAGGAAAGUUAACAGAUGGCUUGAGUCAAAAAGGUCUUCAUCGAGUUCAAAAACUGCUUUUGAUCAUGGGCCUUCUACUCUGCACACAGAUAUGUUUCAAUCUGAUCUUGAAGCUUUAUGCCCGGUGGAUGUUGCCAAAUCAUAUAUGAGAUCCUUGCCAGCUUGUCAGCUUGAAAAUAUAGAUACAAGUAUGUACAAAGCCGCACCAUCAAGAGGAAUGAGUUUGUGCAAUGAUAGAACUAAUUCAAUAUCUUAUCAUCCUUCACCAUCAUCAAAGAAAAGGAGCUACCAUACAUCUACAACAGGCAAAAAUGUUGAUCACCGAAGAGUACGAGCAAAAUCUACAUACAACUUAUUAUCAGGUCCAUGCUCAACUUUGCCUGAGGCAUUGGCGUUGCACACUACAGAUGAAAAUGCAACUGCUGCCGUUAGGCAAUCUAAUGAAAGGACAAAUGAGCAUGUAAAGCCACUUCCAGUUAACAAUACCUCAGAUAUGGACAUGGCUAGUGAGACAAUAUUAACUCACACCUCAAAACCAUCUCUAGAGCCUACUGAUCCCAGAGUUGGAGGUGGCUCAUUUUUUCUUGAUCCUAUCAACGACAUGCCAGAUGACAAACAGGGCAUUCGAGAAACUUUGAUGGCUACACAGCAUCUCAGCAUCAUGGAUAGCUCAGAAGUUGAGAAAGAUGGAAAUAGUAAGCAAUAUGUUCUUUAUUCUGAACGACCAGCUACUGCAGUUGAAGUCAUCAAAUCUGAAAAAGGUCCAGUGCUGGCAUUGCCUAGAUUUCCAUUCGCAAGAUUGAAGAAACGUCCCAGUUCAAAAACUGCCAUUAAAGAGGAACCCCAGACUUCAUCUGAUACUGCUGCAGCUGCCGCUGCCACCAACCCUUUUCAUCCGCCAAUUGACUCCCCAGAUAGACAAUCUCAUCGAAGGUUGAAGUUAAAAGUAGCUGCGAGAUUAAAAAGAGGAAGAACAUUGGAAAAUUGAUCCCUCUGUACAGCUCCCGUUUUGUGCACACAUCAUCAUCACAAGUUGCUGCAGAAGAUUUGUUCAUCAUCAGCAUCAUAAGUUGCUGCAGGAGAUUUGUUUACAUUAUCUAAUUAGUAAAUGAAUUACUUUUUUUUUUUUGCAAUUAGUAAUUCUUUGUUUUGCAAAACAUUCAUAUUUAUGGAAAUAAUUUAGGGCAAAAGUGAAAAGGAUGCCCCUUUUAUUGGAAUCAAAAGUAUGCCCUCUUUCAUUUA